AUGAAGUUCGGUGUUGCUUUUUUAUUUGCCGCUUCCCUAACGCUGGCCCUGCCCUUGGAUGAGGUUUCUUCGGACGGGUUUGCCAUGCAGCAAGCAACCUCCGAUACUCAAGGCUUCGUCGAGUUCCUCAAGAAGCAGGAGCAGCAGCAGCAGGAGCAGCAGCAGCAGGAGCAGCAGGAGCAGCAGUAG